UUAGCUUACUCGGCUUACUACCAGUGCACGCGCCAUGGACGCCGAGGACACGUCGUCUGCGUCGUCGUCGUCGUCGUCGCUCUCGCCGCCGACCUCGCCGAGCGGCGACGGGGGGCAGCUGCACCGGCUGCCGCCGAAGCGGCGGGCGGGGCGGAAGAAGUUCCGGGAGACGCGCCACCCGGUGUACCGCGGGGUGCGCGCCCGGGCGGGGGGAAGCCGCUGGGUGUGCGAGGUGCGGGAGCCGCAGGGGCAGGCGCGCAUCUGGCUCGGCACCUACCCGACGCCGGAGAUGGCCGCGCGCGCGCACGAUGUCGCCGCCAUCGCGCUCCGCGGCGCGCGCGGCGCCGACCUCAACUUCCUGGACUCCGCGGACACGCUCCCGCGCGCGCGCACCGCCGCGCCCGAGGACAUACGCUGCGCCGCCGCGCAGGCCGCCGAGAAGUACCGGCCGUCCGGCCAGCACGGUCGGGUCAGAACCAUGUCCGCGCCGACGCCGCUGGCACUGCCGGAGGCUACUGGCACGAGCGGAGCUGGAGGGACGACGGUCUUCAUAGACGAGGACGCCAUCUUUGACAUGCCGGGGCUGAUCGACGACAUGGCGAGGGGGAUGCUGCUGACGCCGCCGGCGAUGGGAAGGGGGCUCGACUGGGGCGCCGUCGACGACGAGCAUAGCCACAUGGAUUGCACGCUGUGGAUGGACUGAUGGAUCGUUGGCGUGCAUGCAACGGCGAUACAUAUCUGCACGUGUGCACACGUACUGUUUGAUCGAUCAGCCUGUCCAUGGAUACCUCAACAUCACCAAAUGCGCUCUCUCCAUCGUAGUCGUUAAUUCUUUUUCAAUUUGUAGUCGUUAAUUAGGAUAUUUAAUAGCAUCCCCAAGUUAAACAAGUUGAUUCUUGGAUCUGGCCUACAUUCGUCAGUUCAAAGUUAAACCAGUGUUAGCUUUGGUACUUUUAAAAUUGUGAUCACCGCUAUCUUUGUAGAUAUAUUUAGGCUGAACAUGUAAAAAUGAUAAGAAUCCAUCUUUCUCGAAAAGUACCUUUUUCAC